GGCGUCUUCCCAGGGCCCCAAGGCCAGCGUCGUCAUCUUCAUGUCGGACCACCCGAGCCUCAAGGGAGGAAAGGGUGCCACCGCGAGGUUCCGCGCGUACGUGGAGAUGGGGUCCGACGCGGCGGGGCGGUUCUGCCCGGACGAGGUCAGGGGGCAACAGGGCAGCCCGCCAGCAGAGCAGCACAGUGCAAGGCGGCAGCAGCAGCGGGAGCAGGGGCUCAGAGGGCACGCUGAACGCGUGCUACAACCGGAUCGCUGGCCCGGCCGGCAGGGGCGAGGUGCUCACGAACUUCUCCCCCGAGCAGGCGGAGAAGGCCGCGGAGCAACUCCGCAAGGCAGGCUUCGUCGUCGAGGUGGAGAUGGCACAGGGCGGCCCUCCAGCCAGGUCACCGCCCCCCGCCGGCGCCAAGGCGGCCAGCACUUCCGGCGGCGUGCGCGACCUCCUCCUGGGCAAUUGACACCCGAUGAAUGGGCGCCGCGCGGGCGCGGCCGCGCGCGGCGGCGGGGCGUGGCCGCAGCCGCUCGGCGUCGGGGCUUCCCGCCUACAGCGCGGCGCUGCGGCAGCAGUGCUGGCUCCCUCCUUCCAUCCUCCAGCUCUUCCUCC